UCCGUGGGCACGAUGCAGACACGAAUUGUGCUAGUGGGAUUGAUAUGCUGUUCUCUCGUCUCGUCUGUGAAGGCUUGUGGGCCGGGCAGGGGCUACGGGAGAAGGAGGCACCCCCGAAAAUUAACCCCUCUGGCCUACAAGCAAUAUAUUCCCAAUGUGGCAGAAAAGACUCUGGGGGCAAGUGGAAGGUACGAAGGCAAGAUCACCAGGAACUCGGAGAGGUUUAAAGAAUUGACACCCAAUUACAAUCCGGACAUAAUUUUUAAGGAUGAGGAGAACACUGGAGCUGACAGGCUGAUGACACAGAGGUGUAAAGAUAAAUUAAAUUCCCUGGCGAUCUCAGUCAUGAACCAAUGGCCCGGGGUGAAGCUGAGGGUUACAGAGGGCUGGGAUGAAGACGGCCAUCACUCCGAGGAGUCCCUACACUACGAGGGCAGAGCCGUGGACAUUACCACCUCGGACCGCGACAGGAGCAAGUAUGGCAUGUUGGCCAGGCUGGCCGUCGAGGCGGGUUUCGACUGGGUCUAUUACGAAUCCAAAGCCCACAUUCACUGUUCGGUCAAAGCAGAAAACUCAGUCGCCGCUAAGUCUGGAGGCUGCUUCCCAGCUUCAGCUCAAGUGAGUCUAGAAAACGGGGGCACCAAGUCAGUGAAGGACCUGAAACCAGGUGACCGGGUACUGGUGGCGGACGGUGAAGGGAACGUUCUCUACAGUGACUUCAUCAUGUUCCUAGACAGGGUGGAAGCGGUUCAGAAAGUUUUCUACGUGAUAGAAACGCGAGAACCCCGGAAGAGGCUCUCCCUCACGGCGGCUCACCUGCUUUUCGUCGGGCAGGAGUCGAGCCCCGGCCAAGUCCUGUUCGCCAGCAAGGUGAGGCCCGGGCACCAGGUCUACAUCACGGAUGGGGACGGGCGCCGGCUCCAGCCUGCCACGGUCGAGAAGGUUUACUUGGAGGAGAUGGCAGGCGCUUACGCCCCACUGACUGUCCAGGGCAACCUCGUGAUCAACCAGGUUCUGGCCUCUUGCUAUGCCGUGAUCGAGGACCACGCACUGGCCCACUGGGCUUUCGCGCCUAUACGAAUGACCUACGCGGUCAAGUCCUUAUUUUCGCCGAAUGACCCACUAAUGGUCAACAGUACUGUCCAGGAAAAUGGCGUCCACUGGUACUCCAGCGUCUUGUACCAAAUAGGCAGAUGGGUUCUGGACGACGCAGCUAUUCAUCCACUGGGAAUGACAUGGGACUCUAGUUGA